CGCCGCUGCAGCCGCCGCCUGGGUCGCCGUGGUCCGCGCUUCUGCGUGGGGACUGCUUCCCCGGCUCCGGGCGCAGACACCAUGUACGGAUUCGUGAAUCACGCGCUGGAGCUGCUGGUGAUCCGCAAUUACGGCCCGGAGGUGUGGGAAGACAUCAAAAAAGAGGCACAAUUAGAUGAAGAAGGGCAGUUUCUUGUCAGAAUAAUAUAUGAUGAUUCUAAAACUUAUGAUUUGGUUGCUGCUGCAAGCAAAGUCCUCAAUCUCAAUGCUGGAGAAAUCCUCCAAAUGUUUGGGAAGAUGUUUUUUGUCUUUUGUCAAGAAUCUGGUUAUGAUACAAUCUUGCGCGUCCUGGGAUCUAACGUCAGAGAAUUUCUACAGAACCUUGAUGCUUUGCAUGACCACCUUGCUACUAUCUACCCAGGUAUGCGUGCACCUUCUUUUAGGUGCACAGAUGCAGAAAAGGGCAAAGGACUCAUUCUGCACUACUACUCAGAGAGAGAAGGACUUCAGGAUAUUGUCAUCGGAAUCAUCAAAACAGUAGCUCAACAAAUACAUGGCACUGAAAUAGACAUGAAGGUUAUUCAGCAAAGAAAUGAAGAAUGUGAUCAUACUCAAUUUUUAAUUGAAGAAAAAGAGUCAAAAGAAGAGGAUUUUUAUGAAGAUCUUGACAGAUUUGAAGAAAAUGGUACCCAGGAAUCACGCAUCAGCCCGUAUACCUUCUGCAAAGCUUUUCCUUUUCACAUAAUAUUUGACCGGGACCUAGUGGUCACACAGUGUGGCAAUGCCAUAUACAGAGUGCUCCCCCAGCUCCAGCCUGGGAAUUGCAGCCUUUUGUCUGUCUUCUCUCUGGUUCGUCCUCAUAUUGACAUUAGUUUCCAUGGGAUCCUUUCACACAUCAAUACGGUUUUCGUAUUGAGAAGCAAGGAAGGAUUGUUGGAUGUAGAGAAAUUAGAAUGUGAGGAUGAGCUGACUGGGACUGAGAUCAGCUGCUUGCGUCUCAAGGGUCAGAUGAUCUACUUACCUGAAGCAGAUAGCAUACUUUUUCUGUGUUCACCAAGUGUGAUGAAUCUGGAUGACUUGACAAGAAGAGGUCUGUAUCUGAGCGACAUUCCUCUGCACGAUGCUACGCGAGAUCUCGUUCUUUUGGGAGAACAAUUCAGAGAGGAAUACAAACUGACCCAAGAACUGGAAAUCCUCACAGACAGGCUGCAGCUGACAUUAAGAGCCCUGGAAGAUGAAAAGAAAAAGACAGACACGUUAUUAUAUUCUGUCCUUCCUCCGUCUGUUGCCAAUGAGCUGAGACACAAGCGUCCAGUACCUGCCAAAAGAUAUGACAAUGUGACCAUCCUCUUCAGUGGCAUUGUGGGCUUCAACGCUUUCUGUAGCAAGCAUGCAUCGGGAGAAGGGGCCAUGAAGAUUGUAAACCUCCUCAAUGACCUCUACACCAGAUUUGACACACUGACUGAUUCCCGGAAAAAUCCAUUUGUUUAUAAGGUGGAGACUGUUGGUGAUAAAUAUAUGACAGUGAGUGGUUUACCAGAGCCAUGCAUCCACCAUGCUCGAUCCAUUUGCCACCUGGCCUUGGACAUGAUGGAAAUUGCUGGCCAGGUUCAAGUAGAUGGCGAAUCUGUUCAGAUAACAAUAGGAAUACACACGGGAGAAGUAGUAACAGGUGUCAUAGGACAGAGGAUGCCUCGAUAUUGUCUUUUUGGAAAUACUGUCAACCUCACAAGCAGAACAGAAACCACUGGAGAAAAGGGAAAAAUAAAUGUGUCUGAAUAUACAUACAGAUGUCUUAUGACACCAGAAAAUUCAGAUCCACAAUUCCAUUUGGAGCACAGAGGCCCAGUGUCCAUGAAGGGCAAAAAAGAACCAAUGCAAGUUUGGUUUCUAUCCAGAAAAAAUACAGGAACAGAGGAAACACAGCAGGAUGAGAACUGAAUCAUGGACUGUGGGAUGAAAGGACUGUGGACUAGGUUGCACUUAAUCCCCCAAUACACAUCAAGCCUAGGAGCAGUUAUUCCCUAGGGAUACAGAUUUUGCUUUGUCCAUUGCAGUUAUCCCAAGUCUUUCUCCUAGGUAUAUCUUUCACUGUUCAUUAUACAACUUUAGCUCUGCUUUUGAUUAUUUUCGAGGUUUAGUAUAUUAUCUAAAGUUUGGCUUUCAGUGUGGGUGUUGUGAGCUUUGUGUGUCUUAAAAUCUACUGCAAGCAUUACCUAACAUGGUAAUUUGCAAGUAGUAGGCACCCAAUAAAUAUUUGUUGAAUUUAAUUAAAUGAAACUGAACAGUACUUGGCCGUGUGCAUAUACACCAUGGUUUGUCAAAUCUGUUUAGUGCUCCAUAUGUAUAUUUUAAUGACUAUAACAUACAACAAAGUUUAUAUCGUGUUGGUGUAUAUCAUUAUAGAAAUCAUUUUCUAAAGGAGUGAAUCCUAAGUUUUAGGAAAAAAUGUGAUUUAUUUUCAGACUUCCCAAAUAAAAAUUAAUAUACCAUGCUAAGAAAAUAGUGACUAUUUUGAAAUAUGCUAAUUUCCCUUCAGAAAUAUAGAA